AUGCCGCGUGGACUUACACUUGAAGAAAUUCUAGCAGAACUAGAGAACCAUCAAGAGAGUGACGAUGAAGAUGAUGACGUAGAAUUGGCGAUUAUUCCACCCGAUGCAGAUGUAAUAACAGAUGAAGAAGACAUUGACGAAAAUGUACUGAACACUGAGUCUGUUGUACAAGAUGUAGCCGGUACUUUAGAGCUCAUAACCAGCCGAGAUGAAGCUAAUGCUACAGUUGUACCUCCAGAAGCCAAAAGAAGGAAAGCGUUAGGAGUUGGAGCAGAAAGUGGUACAUUAUCUACAAAAAAAUAUAAGUGUAAGUGGUAUAAAUGUCAACCAAUGUACACAAACACUAGUGAUCCAGGGAAGAGCAACAAACAUUAUGUUGCGGAAUGUCUAGCAAAUAAGACAGUGGCCCAGGUGUUUGAGGAUUUUUUUUCUGAGAAACUAAUGGAUACUAUUAUUGAACAAAGCGAAAUCUAUGCUUGCCAACAUAACAAAAUAAAUUUUCUGCUAACCAAAGAAGAACUAAAAUCAUUUAUUGGCAUACUACUUCUGAGUGGUUAUCAUAAGCUUCCCCAUGAGAAUAUGUACUGGGAACAGGCUUCUGAUGUCGGUGUUCCUUUAGUCUUCAAAUCCAUGUCAAGAAAUAGGUUUCAGGAAAUAAAGAGAUUCAUUCAUCUCAAUGACAACUCCAAACUAGACAGAAACGACAAGAUGUACAAACUGAGGUUGUACUUUGAAAUGCUGAAAAAGGAAUUUGGUAAAUUUGGGGUAUUUUAUUCAGAACUCUCAAUUGAAGAAAUAAUGGUACGUUAUUAUGGCAAACAUCAAGCUAAAAUGUUUCUGACAGGAAAGCCUAUAAAAUUUGGUGUCUUAUAG